AUGUCUCUUGAACCUGAGGGCCAACAGAAGGAUAAGCAAGGAACCACACCCGACCCUCCAGAAUCUUCCGCAGCUCUGUCCAAAUUAGAAUCGAAACAGCCGUUCCCCCCUCUUUCCGAGGAUGACCUUGCGACCACCACACAAGAUGCGCAGGACAACAGCUACCCAGAGGAUGAUGAGCAAGACAUCACAUCACCGAUAUAUGGGGACGUUGAGGUAGAAGACGAUGCCGAUUUUCAAUCGCACUAUUCGUUGGAAAACCAAUCGCUUUCGGACGCCCAUUCGGACUCCGAAGAACAAUCUCCAGAAGAUAAUAUCGCUAUACAUCAUCCUUUUCGACAGUCUUCGAGCUCACUCCACGGACCGAAUGCAUUCGCCCCGCCGUUCUACAAUCGCCCCCCAACACCUUUACCACCUUCCCCUUCGUUGACAUCUCUCCUUCGACCUCCUUUCUCUACUACCACAUCUCGUCCCACAACCCCUGACAGUUCAGAUGUCGAAACGCCCAACGACACCGAGGCAGCUGUUGCAAAGUCAGCACGUCGUGCGACGACGGUGCCUCGCGCGAGCCCGAAAGUACCGACGUAUGAAUACUAUGGAUUUGUUUUAUACCUCGCAUCUUCAUUGGCAUUUUUGAUUUACAUACUAUGGUCAUAUUUACCAUCUCCAUUUUUACAUCAACUCGGCAUCUAUUACUAUCCGAAUCGUUGGUGGUCGCUGGCCUUUCCUUCGUGGCUGGUCAUGUCCAUUAUCUACAUAUUUGUCGCUCUGGCAUCCUACAACACCGGAUACUUGACACUGCCAAUGAAUAGCAUUGAGAAUGUCGUGGAUGAGGUUGCAAAUGUAGCUGUCAUUGAUGGCAAAGGCCGACGGCGACCCGGAGGUGCUACCAGGAUGAAACCAGGUGCAACUUCUUAUCAAAUAAUGGGACCGCAAAACCGCAAAGUCAACUGGAAGGAUAUCUGGAGUGAAGGUACAGAUGCCGUGAUGGAUAUCCCAGUAGGAGGUGUGUGCGAAGUGUUGUAUGGGCCAGAAAGAGACGACGAAGAGGUGUCUGAACAUCCACAUGGGUUUGUAGGCAGUCAGAGAUCAUCUCGUACAGAAGAUAUCUAG